AUGGAGAAAUCUCCUGACCAUGAAGAGAAAGUGGAGAACAGUGAUGAACAGAAAAGGAUAGAGGAUGCUCAUCCCAGCUGGAGGAAGAGUUUUUACUCAAUAGAAUUGGCGCUGUUCACCGCGAUGUGUGAGUGCCAAGCCCUGCACCCCGACCCCGAGGAUGAAGACUCAGAUGCUUAUGACGGAGAAGAGUAUGACGUGGAGGCAGACGAACAAGGACAGGGGGAUAUCCCUACAUUUUAUACCUAUGAAGAAGGAUUAUCCCAUUUAACAGCAGAAGGGCAAGCCACACUGGAGAGAUUAGAAGGAAUGCCUUCUCAAUCUGUGAGCAGUCAGUAUAACAUGGCUGGAGUCUGGACAGAAGAUUCAAUAAGAGAUUAUGAAGAUGACAUGGAGGUGGAUACCACACCAACAGUUGCUGGACAGUUUGAGAAUGCAGAUGUUGAUCACUGAAAGGGCUUUCAUCUGCUUUAAGAUUCUGCUUGGAACUGUAGGAGGGAACUCAGUACCUCUUCCACUGUGGAGUGGGCUGGUGAAAAGCUUUCUUUCCUUCAAAACUCACUUGAACCAGUUCUUUCUCAAGACAACGAUACUGAGGCAGGCAGCAGGUUGUCACCAGCAGAAGAAAUUAUGACCUUUAUUAACAAAGGUGAAUUAACUUAACCAAGGGGUUGCCUGUAGUUUAUCACUUACCCCAAACUUUCUGUGUCUGGUCUUAUCUGAGUAGGCCACUACUUCCUGCCUUUGCUGCACGUCUCUGACCACUAGCGGGACUCUGGUGAAACCCACUGGAGUUUGGGGUGUGAGUAGACAAGGGUGGGGUUUGCAAGAGAGAGUCUGAAGCU